AUGGCCACCAAGUUCAUCGCCAACAAGCUCCGGCCCGUGGAGGAAACCCGGGAAGCGGAGCCAGGAUGGCUCAGGCGACAGGUUACCUGUGGUCUGAAAUCCAUUUCUCGCCGGGCCUGUGUGCACCCAAUCCACACAAUUGUCGUGAUCGCUCUCCUGGCCAGCACGACCUACGUCGGUCUGCUGGAAGGUAGCCUGUUAGACACCGUGCGAAGCCCCAUUGUCGGCCAGGUAGACACAGACGGUCUUCUUCAGGGAAGUCGUAAUUUGCGAUUGGGCGAGUCAACCUCGUGGAAGUGGCAGGCGGAAGAUGCGUGGACGCCCGAGGAGGCAAAGUCGACCGCGGAGCACCUGGCCUUGACCACCUUCAUUUUCCCGGACUCGAUCUCCAAGUCGGCGUCGACUGCGCCUUCGGCCGACGACAUUCCCAUUCCAAGCAACGUGUCCGCACACUCAGUCCCCUACACACCCAACCUCUUCUCGCCCUUCUCCUACGACUUUGCCCUCGCGUACACCGUGCCCUAUGGCCAAGUGGCCGACUUUUUGCGGUCGGUGCAGGAGAUUUCGGAUCCGUCGGCGGAUGAGCAGGAAGAGGAGCCCAAGAAAUGGAUCAUGCGAGCGGCCCGUGGCCCCGCGUACGGAUCCCAUCGGGCUGUCAAGCUCUGGUUGACCGAUGCGUGGAGCUCGUUUGUGGACCUGAUCAAGCAUGCGGAGACCAUUGACAUUGUCAUCAUGGCCCUCGGUUACACCUCGAUGCACCUCAGCUUCGUUUCGCUGUUCUUUUCGAUGAGACGGCUUGGCUCAAACUUCUGGCUGGCCGCUACCGUGCUAUUCUCCGGCACCUUUGCGUUCCUGUUCGGUUUGUUGGUGACCACCAAGCUGGGUGUGCCGAUCAACCUGCUUCUGCUUUCCGAAGGCCUCCCGUUCUUGGUCGUCACCAUUGGCUUUGAGAAGCCGAUCAUGUUCACCCGUGCGGUCCUGAACGCUUCGGUGGACAAGCGACGACAGGCUUCAAGGGCCAAUGGCUCGGCGCUGCCCUCCAGCACGCCGCGGUCUAUCCAGGAUUCAAUUGCAACUGCGAUUGACCAGCAAGGCUUCGAAAUUAUCCAGCACUAUUGCAUCGAGAUUGGCCUCCUUGUUAUUGGUGCCGUAUCCGGUGUGCAAGGAGGACUGCAGCAGUUCUGCUUCCUCGCAGCUUGGAUUCUGUUCUUCGACUGUGUGCUUCUCUUCACCUUCUACACGACCAUUCUCUGCAUCAAGCUCGAGAUCACCCGGAUCAGACGCCACGUCGCGCUGCGCAAGGCGCUGGAAGAGGACGGCAUCACCCACCGUGUGGCGGAGAAUGUGGCCUCGAACAGCGACUGGCCAAGCUCGUCGGAUGGCAGUGAAAUGGACACUAGCAUUUUCGGACGCAAGAUCAAGUCCAGCAGCGUGCGCCGGUUCAAGAUCCUCAUGGUUGGUGGUCUGAUUCUCGUGAACAUCGUGAACCUGGGGGCCAUCCCCUUCCGGGACUCUGGCAAUGGCGCCAUCCUUUCACACUUCUCCAAUGUCCUGGCACCCACCCCUAUCGACCCCUUCAAGGUGGCUGAGAACGGCUUGGACGCUGUUUAUGUGUCUGCCAAGAGCCAGAAGCAGGAAACCGUGGUGACCAUCAUCCCGCCGAUUAAAUACAAGCUGGAAUAUCCCUCCAUUCAUUACGCUUCGCCCGAGGAAAGCCGGUCGUUUGACAUUGAGUACACCGACCAGUUCUUGGACGCUUUCGGUGGCCGCGUCCUUGAGAGUCUGCUUAAGAGUGUGGAGGAUCCUAUCAUCAGCAAGUGGAUCAUCGCGGCCUUGACGUUGAGCAUCAUUCUGAACGGUUAUCUCUUCAAUGCCGCACGUUGGAGUAUCAAGGAGCCCGAGGCGGUUCCUGCGGCCCAAAAUGAGUCUUUAGUGGCCCCUCCCAAGGUCUACCCGAAGUUCGAUCUUAAUGGGCAGAAGUCCACCCGGACAGCCGAAGAAUGUGAGGCUUUGCUAAAAGAGAAGCGCGGUUCAGAGCUAGCGGACGAGGAACUGAUCAGCCUCUCUCUUCGGGGCAAGCUCCCCGGAUAUGCGCUGGAGAAGACCAUGGAGAACGAGAACCUGAUGAGUCGGGUCGACGCCUUCACUCGGGCUGUGAAGAUCCGCCGGUCUGUGGUCUCCCGCACUCCUGCUACCUCCAUGUUCACCAACUCCGUGGAGGCCUCGAAGCUUCCGUACGAGCAUUACAACUACGGAUUGGUUCACGGUGCAUGCUGUGAGAACGUGAUUGGAUACUUGCCACUUCCUCUUGGUGUUGCGGGCCCGUUGAAUAUUGACGGUCAGAACUAUUUCAUUCCUAUGGCCACUACGGAGGGUGUUCUGGUCGCGAGUACCAGUCGAGGUGCCAAGGCUAUCAACGCUGGCGGCGGUGCAGUCACCGUUCUGACCGGCGAUGGUAUGACCCGUGGCCCCUGUGUGAGCUUCCCGACUCUGGCUCGUGCAGCCGCUGCCAAGGUCUGGGUUGAUUCGGAAGAAGGCUCGAGCAUCAUCAAGACUGCCUUCAACUCGACCAGCCGCUUUGCUCGUCUCCAGACCAUCAAGACCUCGCUUGCGGGCACCUACCUCUAUAUCCGAUUCAAGACGACCACAGGUGAUGCCAUGGGUAUGAACAUGAUUUCCAAGGGCUGCGAGAAAGCACUGGAGGUCAUGUCUACCGAGUGCGGCUUUGACGACAUGUCUGUGGUUUCCCUCUCGGCCAACUACUGCACCGACAAGAAGCCCGCGGCUAUUAACUGGAUCGACGGCCGAGGCAAGUCGGUUGUGGCUGAGGCCAUCAUUCCCGGUGAUAUCGUCAAGAGUGUUCUCAAGAGCGAUGUGGAUGCCCUUGUGGAGCUGAACAUCAGCAAGAACUUGAUCGGAAGUGCCAUGGCUGGAAGCGUCGGCGGCUUCAACGCGCACGCCUCGAACAUCGUGUCCGCCAUCUUCCUGGCCACCGGCCAAGACCCUGCGCAGAAUGUGGAGAGCUCUAAUUGUAUCACCACCAUGAAGAACUCCAAUGGCAACCUUCAGAUCGCCGUGUCUAUGCCUUCCAUCGAGGUGGGCACUAUCGGCGGUGGCACCAUCCUCGAAGCGCAGGGCGCCAUGCUUGAGAUGCUUGGCGUCCGCGGCUCCCACCCAACUACCCCCGGAGAGAACGCCCGCCAGUUGGCCCGUAUCAUCGGGGCUUCGGUUCUCGCCGGCGAGCUCAGCCUGUGCGCUGCCUUGGCUGCCGGUCAUCUCGUCAGGGCGCACAUGGCUCACAACCGCAGCCAGGCACCCACCCGGUCCGCGACGCCCGUGUCGGCCGCCGUGGGCGCGGCCCGCGGACUGUCCAUGACCUCCAAAUAA